CUUCCAGACACAGCGUUGGUGAGCUGGGGCUUGGACCCCCUCUUUGAAGUGAUCCGCUUCUGGUUUAUCGUGAAAAAGGGCACCGUGCCCCUGUUUCAGUCUUUAAGGUUGGCAAUCAUGGCCCAGGAUAAGAACCUUUUAACUGUGAUUCUGGUCUGUUGUUUGCUUGUCGUGAGCAUUGUCGCUUUGGUUAUCGGGAUCGUCAGCCUAAACUCUCAAAGCGGAGGAGGGAGGACCAACACGACCGAUGCCCAACAGCCGAUAAACAUCUACACUCAGCCGUCAAAUACAGGUAUCAAUGACGAUAGAGUCUGGUUGUUUGCUAUCGGCCACUACGAUAAUGUUCUCGAAUAUUUAGAUGAAAGAACAUACACCAUCAAGGGAUUCGGACCAGACAUAAUUGAUGCAGUGUGCUCGAUAGCCAACAAAAAUUGUAAACUGGUUAAUGACAUCUACGAGAAUUGUUGGGAUAGCCAAGCCGGUGAGCGCCCGCGUGGAGGUCAAGGGCUAAUGGGUGGAUGGUACGACGCGUGCACAGGAUGGGUGCAAUCCUUCGAUCGCCUUCUGACGUAUUACUUCACAGUGCCUUACAAGAAAGGGAAUACAGUCGCCCUCUUCGCCAAAACUGACAGCACAGUGACGUAUAAUGAUUUGACCAAUCGGAAGGUUGGAUUUCUAGACGGUUGGAGUGCAGACGAGUUUUGCCUCGCUCGUUACACAAACAUCGCGGGUUCAAUGCUUGGCACAAACCAGAUAUUUCAUUACCAAUCAGCAGAUCACAUGAUAGACGCCAUCCUCAACGACCAGAUUGACGUUGCGUUCGGCACAGCCCUUGCUCAAUUCACCACCUCGUUGAAACGCAUAUCACCGUAUCCCGGUUUCGAGAAUAACUGCGAGGCCGGUGGUUCAUCCAUGAUGACGAGACACACCAGCCGUGAUCUGGUGAAUUGGUGGAACGAUGCUUACCAGCGGCUUGUCGACAGAGGGCGCUACAAUGAAAUCUGCGAAGCGGUUCACGAGAGACACGGUCAUAUCCCCGGUCAAACUUACGAAGAAAUAUGUCUGGGCUAUUGAAAUGUUUCAUGCUGAUUGGUCGACACACUCUCACGUGACCCGGGCUCUUUGGGUGAAAGUUAUCUUAUUCAGGAAAAACCAGCAACAUCAUUAUGAUGAUCGACAUAAAGGAUUCAUCAUUCAGUUACCUUCAUAAUGACUUUCUUUAUCAUUAUAUGAUAGAAAGAGGGAGUGAGGGGGAGGGGUUAAAGGGUGGUUCAUAAAAGGACCUUUCAUUGUUUCAAAAAUUAAAAGUGUUUAUUUAGAUCUUAGCACGGUUUCCAUAGUGCACACUCAACCUCGACGGAUCGCUUUGAGAUAAGAAUAAUGAUAAUAGUGAUAAUAAAUAAAUAAUGAUGAUGACGAUAAUGAUGUAUUAAUAAAUAUAAUAAUAAUAGUAAUAAAUUUAGUCUUUUGAGCACGACUCAUUCGCAACAGGGAUAAAUACUCUUUUUUUAAGUUAAUGAUUUACUGCAGACUUGUUAAUGCGCUGGAUCUUUCCUCUAUUUACAUGAUUUACCCUUCGAAUCAUAUACAAGGCAUUAAAUACAUAUGUGUCCAAUUAUAUAUGGGGGUACCCAUUGGCGGCGGAAGGUAAAAAAUGUAGGGGGGUCCACCUGAAAUUUUGGAUGGGACACUGGUAAAAAAUUGGACAAGCAAAAAAAAGAAAUAGGUUAUCAACCUAAAUUUUAGGGGGGACCACAAAACUUUUAUGGGGGUCCAACUGAAUUUAGGGGGGACGCAGGAAACAAAAUUGACAAGCAAAAAAAAAAAAGGUUCCCAACAAACAAUUUAGGGGGGACAGGUCCCCCCCCCCCCCCCCGCUUCCUUCGCCUAUGGGGGUACCACAGGGAUCAUAAGUCAGUCCACAUUUGUUCAGAAUUGGGAUGGCUCUUCUUGACUUCUCCCAAACCGAUGUGAUUCUGUAAAACGUGAAAUACUACUAACAAGUAAAGAAACAAUGGGUUUGAACUCAGCAUCCUUGGAAUGGUUCAGGUGUUACUUAAAGGGCAAGUCGACCCCACCAGAAAAUUAAUUUGAGUGAAAAAAUAAUAAUAACACUGAAAAUUUCAUCAAAAUCGGAUGUAAAAUAAGAAAGUUUUGAUAUUUUAAAGUUUCGCUUAAUUUCACAAAAAAAUUAUAUUCACAUCCAGGUCGGUAUGCAAAUCAGGGGACUGAUGACAUCAGUCACUCACUAUUUCUUUUGUAUUUUAUUACAUUAAAUAUGAAAUAUUCUAAUUUUCUCCUCAUUGUCAUGUGAAACAAAGUUUUAUUCCUCCCUGAACAUGUGAUAUUACCAUUGUUUUAACAAUUUAUGAUUCAAUCAAGUUGGUCCUUUUUGUCAAAUCCGUAAAAAUUGAAAUAUUGUAUAAUUCAAACAAUAUAAAAUACAAAAGAAAUAGUGAGUGAGGGACAUCAUCGACUCUCUCAUUUGCAUGCCACUAAGUUGUGCAUAUAACUGUUUUGUGAAAAUUAAAUAAAACUUUAAAAUGUCAUAACUUUCUUAUUUUACAUCCAAUUUUGAUCAAAUUUUAAGCAUUAUCAUGAUUAGGCUUAUUUGAUUUUUCUCUAUUGAUUCAAAUCAACAUUUUUCUGGGGUGGACUUGACCUUUAACAAAUCGUUGUCACGUUCACUCUAUGCAAAAUAUACUUUCAGAUUAUAUGCCUAUAUGACAUGUAAAUUACCACGGGGGCAUACUCGGCCUCAUUCUUAUUAUGUACUAUGUUGAUGCUAUGUGUACUCUUUGUUUACAAUGGUCACUCUGCGUAUCGUCUCUCUGGUACGAAUCGUACGCUGAUUGGGGAAAAAACACAGAGCUUAUACUUAUCACGUGGUGGUGAAUUGAUGGUAUAUAUAUAUAUAACAAACCUACAGUUUAUAUUUGGGCAAGGCAAGGUAUAUGGACCUAGGUCAAUGGCAGAAGCACCAAUAUGGCUAGUAAAUGUGAUAUGUUCACCUGUUUCACCAAAUCUCGAAAAAGAAAGUCUUCUAUUAUAGACAUGAGAUAGGCCAUCGCUAAUGGGGGGGGGGGGUAGGGCAGGGUGCGACAACUUGUACUACAUGUACUUCAUCAUCAAGUUCUCUACUCAAACGCGUCAUUUAUGUUCAUUGUAGGAUAAGUAGGUCGAUGAGAACGAUAAGUUUAAAAAUUAAAUGUAAAUCUUGGAAUUCAAACCCUCAAUGAUUAUAUUACAUCAGCUAAUUUAACAUUUCCACAGUGAAAAUAGUUUUAUUGAUGCAACAUAUUUGUAUGAAAAAAAAAUGUCUCGGCUCUUUUCCUUAAAUGUUUAUCAUAACUUGAAUGUGUCUUUUAGUUUGAUUGUAUCCUUAUAUAACCACAUAUAUAAAGUUGUGAGAUUAAAGUAAAGUGCACUUUU